AUGAGCUCAAAUCCAAAUGAACAGGCUAUUUCAACACUUCACACACUUUUUAUUAUUGUAUAUUUACAGGUAGAGUUUUGAGAUUAUUCUGAAGAAAAAUUCUGAAUCGGUUAAAUAUUGUGAAGUGGAGUGAUUUCGAUACGUCGAUUAAAAGUCUUUUAAAAAACGUUAAGAAAAAAAUUCUAUUUCAGUUUUUGUUUCAAAACUUCUAAUAUUUUUAGGAAAUGGCAUGGGUGUCUGCACCACUUCUCAUAAGUGCAAAUGUUUUUCUUCAUGCUUGUAUCACAACACAAUUCAAUAUAGGUUUCGAAACAAGUUGUUUUCUAUCACUUAACUUUUUUAAAUUUCAGAAUCAAUAAUUCUAUCCGCUCUAAUAUUUUCAUUUUUUCUCAUCUCCGGUCUUGCCAUAACAAUUUCUCUUUAUUUGGCUCACACAAUUGCUCUUCGAAAUUGUCGGCCAUCAUAUUUUUUGCCAUACGCGAUUUGUAAAACUAUUCGGAUUGUUACUUUGGCGAUUUGUGAGUUGAUAAACAUUGGGUUCUAAAAUAUAGGAAACAUUUUUUUUUUCAAAAUUUCAAAAAUCAAUUAAUUUGAAAUAAAAAGAAAAAAUUUUAUUGGUUUUUGGAAGUGGAAUAUUAUUAGAGCUAAAUUCGAAAAUUACAGUAUCCCUGUGCAUUCUUCUGUCACCAACUCUUAUCAAAAUAUAUUUCUACGCAAGUAUUUAUGGAUUAUUCGAAACAAUUGCAGGAGCUGUUGCUUUAGAGGUAACCCUUUUUUCAAAAUGAAAAUAGAAAAUAUAAUUUGAGAGUUCACGUUUCAAAAGAAUUUUUAACUUUUUGUGUGGAAUCUCUUUUUUGUUUACAGGUCACAAUUCGGUGUAUUCGAGAAACAAAAAGAAUUCGUAGUGGAAGACGAAGACAAACUCGCUCUGAUGCAAAUCCGGUAUCAAAAUGUACUUUGAUGGAAGCAUAA